GGGAACGUCUGCAUGUUAUUGUCCACUAAAGUUCACAAAAGGAUCCUUAAAAAAUGGAAUCCACCGAAACAUUUAAUUUCGACUUUGAUCGAGUCGGGUCAAGUAAAAGGCGGAUUUCCUCGAUUUUAAAGGCGCCCCGGACGUCUGUCAAAGUGACAGAGGUUGGUCUGAAGGAGCCACAGCAGGGGGAUAAGAGCAAACCAACUGAGAAAAGGAGGAGUUCCAGAAGAGUCAGCUUUGCUGCUACAAAAAAUGUGGUUGUUUUUUCCAAGGAUAUGACUAGUUCAUCUGAUGAACAGAGUCCUUCACCAAGUUUGACACCUACGGGAGCAGACUGUCAUGAUGCAAAAGGCAUCUAUGAUGGCAUUGAAAACCUAUUAAAGGCACCCCUGCAGGAGCCACAAAAAAGGAAGAAGAUUCAGUUCUUCUCAGAUCCAGUUCUACCAGAUGGUUGUGACGAUAAGACAGUACUAUUUGGAGAAGAUACUGCAUGCAUGGACAUGACUCAUUGUCAUACAAUUAUCAUUGACAAAGACUCUGAUAAAAGUGACUUGAAGUUCACAAUCAAUUCAGAUAUGUCAGUCGGCAAGAUCAAUAAACCAGCGAGUGCCAUGCUACAGAAUGCAGAACCGACUUUGGAUUUUGGUGCUUUCCUUGCAAGUGUUUCUCACCAGCAGGGAGCUGGGAAGAAUACAAGAAAUGAGAGAUCUUACAUGACUAGAGAUCAGACAGUGUUUGGAGAUGAGACAGAAUGCAUGGAUAUGACCAAUUGUCAUACAGUUGUCAUUGAUAAUGAUUCAGGUGACACUGAUUUUAACUUCUCAAAGAAAGCACCAAUGUCAACAAGUGGAAUCUUUAACACUAUCAACAAAGGCAGCAACAUACCGCAAGCAAAUGUAGGAGUUCUAAAAAAAUCAGAUGCUGAUGCAGAUUUCGGAAUGUUCCUUGCAACCUUGUCCAAGAAAAAGGGACCUGGGAAUAUUUCAAAAGAGGAGUCUUGCUCGCCUCUUCAGUUUAGUACUCUUCCAACCCAGAAAGUGGAUUCCAACGGAUUUCUUUCCCGUCUAAAUGCCCGAUGUACAGUAAUCGACAAAGAAAAUCAGCCUCCUGCUCUGUCAGACUCAAAACCUCAAGGCCUUCACCUUAGGGCAUCAAUCCCAUCAACUGAUGACUUCAUGGAUCUAACAAAAAGUCAUACCGUUGCAAUAGAUGGAAGAGGUUUUCUUCAAAAGCAACAAGCAGAACAGAAAGAGAAGCCAUGGGCUAUUGGACGGCGUAGUGCCAAUGCAUCUAGACUGGAUUGUAAUGGCUUGAUAGGUUCCCUGAAAUCACCUGAUCCAGAUGACAUGGACUUGACAAAGAGUCAGACCGUUGCAAUCAACUGUAAGAAUAUGGAUUUGGUGAGGUCCUCAUCAAGCAGAGUCAUGAGGGGUGAGGUGGAUCCCAACAAAACACAGAUUUUCUCUGGCGAUAAUGUUGGAAUGGAGCUCACGGGAGUCAUUAAUGUAACUGCGGAACAGACGCUCCAUACAGUAUCUAGUUUCCCUCUUUCAAAAUCCAGGGGGUCUACUGUCCUGGAUGCCCCAUCAGUAAGUCACCCCCACAGGGUUCACCAUUUCCAGAAUGAUCAGUGGACUGUUGACCCUGCAAAUACUGAUGACAUGGAAAUGACGAAGAGCCAGACUGUGGUAAUCGACAGCAAGGGCUGUGAGCGAAAAAACAUGGAUUUGGUUAGGUCCCUAUCGAGCAACGUCAGGAGGGGUGAGGUGGAUCCCAACAAAACACAGAUUUUCUCUGGAGAUAAUGUUGGAAUGGAGCUCACGGGAGUCAUUAAUGUAACUGCGGAACAGCCCCUAUAUACAGUAUCUAGUUUCCCUCUUUCAAAAUCCAGGGGGUCUACUGUCAUGGAUGCCCCAUCAGUAAGUCACCCCCACAGGGUUCACCAUUUCCAGAAUGAUCAGUGGACUGUUGACCCUGCAAAUAAUGAUGACAUGGAAAUGACGAAGAGCCAGACUGUGGUAAUCGACAGCAAGGGCUGUGAGCGAAAAAACAUGGAUUUGGUUAGGUCCCUAUCGAGCAACAUCAGGAGGGGUGAGGUGGAUCCCAACAAAACACAGAUUUUCUCUGGAGAUAAUGUUGGAAUGGAGCUGACGGGAGUCAUUAAUGUAACUGCGGAACAGCCCCUAUAUACAGUAUCUAGUUUCCCUCUUUCAAAAUCCAGGGGGUCUACUGUCCUGGAUGCCCCAUCAGUAAGUCACCCCCACAGGGUUCACCAUUUCCAGAAUGAUCAGUGGACUGUUGACCCUGCAAAUACUGAUGACAUGGAAAUGACGAAGAGCCAGACUGUGGUAAUCGACAGCAAGGGCUGUGAGCGAAAAAACAUGGAUUUGGUUAGGUCCCUAUCGAGCAACAUCAGGAGGGGUGAGGUGGAUCCCAACAAAACACAGAUUUUCUCUGGAGAUAAUGUUGGAAUGGAGCUGACGGGAGUCAUUAAUGUAACUGCGGAACAUGAAAAAUUCCCUGAAAAGACCUUCCAUACAGAAUCUAGUUUCCCUCUUUCAAAAUCCAGGGUGGUUACUGUCCCAGAUGCCCCACUAGUAAGUCACCCCCACAGGGUUCACCAUUUCCAGAAUGAUCAGUGGACUGUUGACCCUGCAAAUACUGAUGACAUGGAAAUGACGAAGAGCCAGACUGUGGUAAUUGACGCCAAGGGCUGUGAGCGUGAAAGGCCCAAUAAAAGACGGAAGAGUCUGGCCACAAACAGGAGUGUCAUGUUUGCACAAAAUGAUGAGGGUAUGGAGUUCACUGAAGGUUUUACUGGUCACAUAGAGGCAACUGAAAGUAAGACUAGCAUUUUCCCCAUGACUGAUGCGUCACUUCCUUCUAGUCAGGCCAGCGUGUUGCAGAUAUCGACUGCAUGUAAAGACGUGGGAUUUACAAGUGACAAAUCAGCUGUUAUGGAUCUCCAUCCCAGUGAUGUAUCAGAUGGCUGUAAAAGUAGCACGAAAAAAUUCUUUCCAUUUGAGUCCUUGAUGUCUAAACCCUGUGAAUCUGAGGGAAUUACCGCUGAUCUGUCGUUUGUUACUGGCCGGAAGAGCUUCUUUCCAUCUCUUGGUUUAGAUGAUGCAGAGCUUACUAGCAGCAAACAUGUGUCUGCUGAUUUACAAGUGACAACAAAGUCCAUGCCGUACAUGACAACCAAGUCAAACUCUCAGCACUUUCCUGGUGAAGGCAAUGACAUGAAGAUGAAGUUUGCCAAUCCACCAUCUGAUGAACAUGAUGGUGCACCACUUCAGGAGGUAGAGCCAAUCUCCUCAUGCACCGACAGAAAUGUUGAUUCAGCCAAACCGGAUCCAGUUUCUCCACCGGAUCAUACUGUCACCAAGAGAAGCGAUCCAGAAAUCCAAAAAGGAAAAUCAAGGCGGAGGAGCCUGCUAGAUCUAAAGUCUAAACUGAGACGCAUCUCACAAACUAUCAAUGAACCUGACAAAAGUGUAGUUGACCGUGCAGCUUUACCAUUACCCCGUUUAGAAGUAACAGAAAAGUUCUUAGACAAUACUGAAAUGGUAGACACAGUGGGUUGCAGGAGCCAGACGACUGUAGAAGGGGUGUCUGAACAAGCGGAUAAUGUCGAAAGCUCCAAAAUUGCCUCACUGGCCAACAAUGAGACUAAACCACUCACAGCCCGACUCUCGUUUGGUGGCUUUCUACCCAAACUGCCAUCAAGACCUAAGCCAGUUCUUACUGAUCACGCAUCUGAAACCACUUAUGUCUUCAAAAAUAACUGUCUCGAAGCCGGAGCGGAUGCUGCUUCUACUAAUCUGCUGGACAACUUUGAAACGGAUGAUAUCAAUGACGAACAGCUUCCUGAGAUGAGUAGCGAAGAGGACAUUUCUGUAACAAUUGAUGACCAAUCUCUCAAGCAAACCCAAGGAGAAGGCCACUGCAGUAUGAAUUCAAAGCUAGAGGACCUGGAGGAUAAUGUCUUCUCACCAACUCUCAAUGUCACCAAAAGCCUGAAAAGGGCAUGUCCAGAGGAUGGCCACGAUGAUGGGCCUCUCGAACAGAAGAGAAAACAAGAUAUCUCACCCCCUGAAGUCACGGGGUCAGCUUUCAGUAGUGUCCAGUGGGAUGCUAAUGCCACAGAGGAAGCGUCUAAUGUGAUGACAAAGACAAUAGAUGCCACCGGCUCCAGCAGCAACUCCACUUACCUUAAAUCUGAGGCCACCUUUGAGUCAACGUACAAGUACAGCCAGUGUGACUCCCAGAUUGACAGGACUUUGGAUUAUGAAUUUGAUUUUCAUAAGAAAAUUGAAGAUGGAAGCAUCACAGUGAAUGAGUUCCUGAGGCACUUUGGCAUCGACUUUGUCAUCCACAGAUCUCGCCCAAGUGCCCUCCCGGACAAUUUUUCACCUAACCCAACACCACAAUUGGAGCACUUACUGAAGGAGACCUACAUCUACCGGCCUAAACAGAGGGUUUAUGAAGCUGACUGUGGAAAGGUUACUGAUAAGGUUGAGGGCCUCAAGUCACGAAUGCAGCAACAAGACCAUCCCCUGAAACACAUCAAUGAGUCACUUUUGCAGGAGCUGGCAAAUCUCUCUAAGGAACAGUUACUUAGCUUUGGUUCCAAGUUGAAAGAAAGGAAGGUGUAUUUCCGAAAGAGAAGCAAAAUAAUUUCUCAUGAAAUGAAGACCAGCAUGUAUUCGGAACUUGUGCAAACAACACAGGAGGCCAAACAGAAAAUUGAGGAAAAGGUGUUGGAAACAGAUACAUUGCUGAAAGAUCUUGAUGCCUGUAUUCAUGACUUGGAAGCUGAAUUGGCAGCUGUUGAUAGUGCCCUGAGAGUUGACCAAGUUCAUGUACAGCGUGAUGCCCAUCCAGCCCUUAAAAACAGACAAGAAGAACUGGAACGCUUGGAUAGUGUUGUUGCUGAAAAAGAAAGGCAAGUGGUCGACAUGGAAAGUGAGAAGAAGAAUAAGGCAGACAAAUUGGAGAGAUUACGUGAGGAGAUGAAGGAUAUAGAGAAACACACCUCUGUCCUACACAGUGUGAAUGAAUGGAAGUUGAAUCUGAAAGAAGAUGAGAGGACUCAAUUCAGUUUUCUUCAUAAGACGCUCUUCUUGGAGGUGGUACAUCAACGGUCCAGUGGAAUGCUUGCCCCAAAAGGUGAAAUGGAACAGAAACUUUGUGACAUUUCGUUUGAUUUUCGAUUAGACGCUGAAAAAUCUGAGUGUCACACUGUAAUGGUUCAUGACCUGCUCUCCCAACUUCUCAAGUCUGGAAAGGAUUGGUUGAAGAGGUACUCCACCACUUACGACAUUCCCAUGCUUCUACAUGAAGUGAGUCUGGUGGUGAGUCGUGUCCGACUUCUCGGUGAGGAGAUCCACCGGCUGAAGAAGUGGGGGGCGCUGAGACUGGGUGUCCUGGAGAUCAAGUGUGCCAACAGACGGGUCCAAAUAGUUUUCUCCAGCCUCAAAACGUUUGUCAAGUUUCAGCUAACCCUGGCGAUUACCAGUGCUUACCCCUUUGGAGGGGUAGAGAUCCAGAGCUUCCAGAACUACAUUGGAAAUACAAGAGUUGACCAGAUUGAGGAUUUAGUCUCGUCCAUUGAGCCAGCUAAGGGCUACUUAACCAAGAUUAUCAAGAUGAUUCAUGAUCAUAUCCUCGUCUAAAGCUGAUGAUGAUUACCAAUACUCCAAUAUCUUUUAUCCAAAUACUGGGAUACAUAAUAUAUAUGUGUUGUUAUAGUGAUUGUUUUUCUCAUUAUGUUACUGUACAUGUUUUGUCUGUCAUGUAUAUUACCCUGUUAAAAAAAAUUGAACAAAUGUUUGUAGAGAUAAUGUACUCAAUACGUUUGUGUCCCACUAUUAACUCCGAAAUUAAGGUAUUAAAAUCUCACAGACUGGCAGCUGAGAAAAUGAACACAUUCCUGAAAUGUAAAUAGUUGUACAAAAUUCUGUCGUUUUGAUUGUUUGUUUGUUUUUUCACUCUUUUGCUAUUGAUGUUUGGCGUAUUCAGAUUAAACCAUCCUAAAUAAAUGCUCAGGCUUAGCAUCAUUAUCUUCA